AUGGGACCACCCCUGGCUUGGAGGCAACACUGGGGAACUUUUCUUGCUUGGCCACAGGGGAUAGCAUCAUGGAGGCUUAUAAGAAUAAAAAGAUAUUACAGAUAUAAGAAACAAAAUGCCAAAGUUAAAAUGGAGUUAAAGUUUUCUCACAAUUUUCAUAAGAUGAGAAAAAUGACCCGUCGGCAGAAUCUGAAGCUACCUUGGCUAAAGCUGAAUAGGCGGAUUGGUAAGCUGAAGCACGAAGCCGAUCUGAAUCUUCUUGUGAUAGUGAAACUGCAGCCACGUGUGAUCUCAUUUGAGGAGAAUGCGUGA